UCUCUCUCUCCCUCUUCUGGGCGCCGCUUUGACCGGACCGGGGGGGGGGCGAGGGCUCCGCCGCCUGAGGGACACCAACCCUCCCCGCCCUUCACCUCCCUCGGUCGGCCCGUCCGGCGGAUACAAGCCUGGCCUUUCUCCCCACUCGGUGGAGGGACCCUGUGGCUCCCGAUUGCCGGUCCCGAGGUUGCUACUUCGAGCGGCCAUGGAUUGCGACAGUUACCCGGCGUGCUUGGAUGGGAUAGAUUAUGACGACUUCCAGUUUGGCUCCCAUUUGAUUGAACCAAAGGAGCAGAUUAUGGAGACAGCUGAAGGUCCUUUUCUCACCAUAAUUGAACAGCCAAAGCAGCGAGGUUUUAGGUUUCGAUAUGGUUGUGAAGGCCCUUCACAUGGUGGGCUGCCUGGAGCAUCGAGUGAGAAGGGACACAAAACUUACCCCACUGUCAAGAUCUCUAAUUAUGCUGGAAUGGCCCGGAUAGAAGUGGACCUAGUGACUCAUACAGACCCUCCCCAGGUGCAUGCCCACAGCCUGGUCGGGAAGCAGUGCAACGACGAUGGCAACUGCAUUGUGACGGUGGGCCCAAAGGACAUGACUGCCCAGUUUAAUAAUCUGGGAGUGCUCCAUGUGACUAAGAAGAACAUGAUGGAGAUUAUCAGAGCUAAAGUGCAGAAGCAAAGGAUGCGAAACAGACUGCAGCCUUUGACAGAAUCUGAGCAAGAAGCAAUUGAGCAAGAGGCAAAGGAGCUGAAAAAGACAAUGGAUCUCAGCAUUGUUCGGUUGCGCUUCAGUGCCUACCUUCGCGACAGCAGCGGAAACUUCACUCUGGCAUUGAAGCCAGUUAUUUCAGACCCAAUUCAUGAUAGCAAGUCUCCUGGAGCUUCCAACCUAAAGAUCUCACGGAUGGAUAAGACAGCUGGCUCUGUGCGAGGUGGGGAUGAAGUUUACCUGCUGUGUGAUAAAGUCCAGAAAGAUGAUAUUGAGGUACGGUUUUAUGAAGAUGAUGAGAAUGGCUGGCAGGCCUUUGGGGAUUUUUCCCCCACUGAUGUGCACAAACAGUACGCUAUUGUAUUCCGCACACCGCCCUACCACAAGACCAAGAUCGACCGCCCGGUCACUGUGUUCCUCCAGUUGAAGCGCAAGCGAGGGGGUGACGUGAGUGACUCCAAGCAGUUUACCUACUACCCGGUGGUGGAAGAUAAGGAAGAAGUGGAAAGGAAGCGGAAGAAGACUUUGCCUCAAUUCCCUCAACACUUUGGUGGAGGUGCACCUAUGGGAGGUUCUGGUGGUGGAGCUGGUGGAUUUGGUUCCGGUGGAGCCGGGAAUCCCUGGCAUUCUUCAGGAUACAGUCCAUACAACAGCAGUAUCUACCUGUCCGGCACCCACCCAAUGGGAAGUUACCAAGGAGGGAGAGGCAUCCAGAUGCCUAGGACGGCCAUACUGGAAGAGGGCGAGCAUCAAGUCUCAGAAGACAAGCACCAAAGCCUUGUGGAGGAGAAGAAAUACCUAGAACUGCUACAGCAUGCUGAGGAGUGCAGCUCGUGGAUGUGGAUGCUGGCCCGCCGUAGUGCCCAGGCUCUCCUGGACUAUGCGGUCACCGCUGAUCCUCGCAUGCUUUUAGCUGUGCAGAGACACCUUGCAGCUUCUCAGGAUGAAAAUGGAGACACGCCUUUGCACCUGGCUGUUAUCCAUGAACAGACAGCUGUGAUUUCGCAGCUAGUCCAGGUGGCUGUCAGCAUCCCCAAUCAACGGAUCAUCAACAUUACCAAUCAUCUGCAGCAGACACCUUUGCACCUGGCUGUGAUCACCCGUCAGCCCAGAGUGGCAGGAUUCUUGCUACAAGCUGGUGCUGAUCCCACCCUGCUGGAUCGCUAUGGCAAUUCAAUCUUGCAUCUUGCCCUGCAGCUGGAUGAUGAGGAGAUGCUAAAGAUCCUGCUCUGUCAUCUCGGACCCCAUACCCUCCAUCUUCUUGAGACGCCAAACUACCUUGGCCUGUUCCCAGUGCACCUGGCUGUGAAGCACAAGAAGCCAGCCUCUCUGGAGCUGUUGGUUGAGAAGGGAGCUGAUGUGAAUGCAGCCGAACGGCAGAGUGGCCAAACACCUUUGCAUCUUGCUGUACAGAUGGAGAACUUGCACCUGGCCACUUGCCUGAUGAAGAAGCUGGGAGCUGAUGUGAAUGCCAAGACAUCUGCUGGAAAUACACCGCUUCACUUGGCUGCAGGAAUGGGUUCCCCAAUCCUCACGAAGAUGCUAAUCAAAGCAGGAGCUGAUACUCUGUGUGAGAAUGAUGAACCUGUCUUGGCCGCCUCCUCCUCCUCUAACCCCAACAGUGACACAGAGGGGGAGCAGGAAGAGGAUUGGGGCAUGGAGCUGGGAGAGACGUGUUCCUGUGAACUGACUGCUCAGCAAAAUGCAGACCAUGUGGCUGAGCUGGAGAGCAGGCUUCCUAACGCCUGUGAUCAGAAGCAGUACAGGGGUCACACCCCACUUGACAUGGCUUCUAGCAAGAAGGUUCGGGAGAUCUUGCUACGUGCUUCACAGCAGGGCCCUGAAAGGGAGAAACCAGCUGCUGCUGCUGCUGUUCCCGCUGCUUCUGAGCAAAGGAACAUCCUGUCUCUGAAUAUGGACACCUUCCAAAGUCUGGAGCAGCUUCUGAAUCGGGACUGCCAUGGAGCAGACUGGGCUGAAUUAGCCAAGAGGUUGGGCCUCUGUAGUCUUGUGGAGACCUAUAAGGACACUCAGUCCCCCAGCAAGAAGCUUCUGCUUGGCUAUGAGCUUGCUGGUGGUAGCCUGAAGGGCCUGCUGGAGGCCCUUGACUCCAUGGGACUGACGGAGGGGGUGAGGUUACUGCAGAGCGCAGAGACCUUUGUCAAGCUGCAAAGUGCAGAGGUGAAGGAGGACAGUGCUUAUGGAAGUCAAUCAGCAGAGGAGGAGUCGGCAGCCACAUUGGGGAAGCUGCAGCCAGCGCCUUUUCUGGAGCCACCUUCUGUCUCCCCUCACAGCCAGCAGGAGCAAGUGCACUGAUCUUUACAGAAAAGGAAGAGCCGGACUAACUAGAGGGGGAAGUGGUGCUUCCUUCACGUGCUUCGGCUCCAGUGUUCCAGGAUUGUUGGUAGCUGGGAAUACCAUGCAGAGCCUGGAUCAGCUGAGUUUUAAUGACUGGUUUGUAAAAGCUGGGACUCUGUUGUCUUUAUUCAGCCUGUCUGCUGUCUCUACCCCCAGGCCUGGCCCAGACAUGGGAGAUGUGCUCAGCACUCGCACUAGUUCUAGUGCCUUUUGUCAGGCUGAACCCCCAAUAUCCUGAUCCUGGAUGAUCUCCUUUGCGUUCUCCCCUGUACCAGCCACUUUAUCUGCCAAAGUGUGGAGUCUGUUGGGCAACAGAACUUGCUUUCUUAUAAGUGGAUGGCAUAGAAUCCCUUGCCAGGCCUCCAGUAUUCCUUGGAUUUUUUGUGCCUCCUCCUCCAUGGGAGUUCAAGGAACUGAGCAUUUUGUCUUCACAGAAACCCCCAGGCGGGUUUGGAGGAUGGUGCCAAAAGAGAGAGGCCUUUGGGCACUUUGGAUCCCUUAGUUCAGUCAUGUGAAGAGGGACCAACAGCUUGUCUUCCAAAGCUUUCUGGCCAGGCCCAUCGCUUAGUCAUAGAAAGGUGAUUUUUGCAUUUCAGAGUUCCCGGUGGAUUUGAACAUGUGAUGGAUGUUUUGCCCAUUCCCUUACAGGGCAGUUUUAACAUCUGAUGACUGGUCAAUUGCUUGUCACUUAGGAGUAGACAAAAGGUACCUUCCCAAGAAUGCUGCUCAUGCCAGUGUUCUGCUUCUGUAGGCAAAGAGACUGCCAAGUGUCCUGGUUCUGGGUGGCUGCUUGCAGUCCCAUUCCCUGGGCAGAAAUGUCUCUUGCUGAAGGAGGUGUGAAGGGCACAUGGGCGCUUUUAACUUGCUGUUCACAUACUCAUACCAGCAAUGGUAAGCCCUACAACUAGCAAUAAAGCUAACAAAACACAUAUCUCAAGUUCAGAGGUAAUAAUCAUUUUCAGUUCCUGAAUCCAUACUGCUGUAUUAAGAUCUUUUAAACUAUAAAACUAUGUUCCAAAAGUGCCCAAUUCUGUGACUGGAAUAAAUGGUGCAAAUUUA